GAGAUGCUGGAUUUCCGCGCUCUUCCCACCGGAUGCCUCGCCGACAUCAUCUCCUUAACCAGUCCUCUCGAUGCCUGUAGAUUGUCACUAGUUUCCCCCUUUUUCUAUUCUUUUGCCAGUUCCGACGACGUUUGGGCUAAGUUCCUGCCGGCCGAUUACCAGAAUUUGGUUCCAGCAUCGCGCUUCGUUUCUCCCUUGAAGGGACUUUAUCUCAGCCUCUGCGAUCAUCCUGUCCUCAUUGAUGAUGGCAAAAAGGUAAAUUUAUACAUCCGGAGUCCCACUUCCCUUUUGAUCUUUUCGUUUCUUCCACCCUUAUUAAUAGUGGGGUGGACUGCAGACUGCACAUCUCUUUUCUGAUUUGCAUAUAUUCAAAUAUCAAAAGUUAAACUAGAAUAACUGAAUCAGACCAGAGAUGAGGGAGUACAUGUUUCCUUAAUAAAAUCUUACGGUCCUAAAUCUGACAAACCUAGGUACAAUAUUAAUUGUUGGCUCUUUUCAGUUUUUCAUUGCAGAAGUCAAACUAGAAUAACUAAAUCAGACAAGAGAAGAGAGAGUACAUGUUUUAUUAAUAGGGUCUGUUUAAUUUGUACUAAAACGGUGCAUAUAUUGCAUAUUGUUAUCAUUAAUCUAUUAAAAAAUUAAAGCAGACAUUAAUUUUACCAGUUGUCUAAUUAAAAAUACCCAAAUGGCAUGAGUGUUAAAAUUAAUGCUAGCAUUGUUAUUUUUCUAUGUAAAUUAAUGCAUAAAAGGUACAUUUAAGACAUUCUUAACCUGAUAGGGCACAUGUUAGACAAACGCUUCAUAAUAUUAAUCAUUGGUUCUCUUCAGUUUUUCACUCAGCAAGAUACUUGAAUCGAUAUGCAUUCACUCCACAUGUGCAUAUUGUAAGAAUUUAUUGUUUGGACUUAGUAUGAAUCACCUCAGUUUGUAGCUUAGGAAAACCAAAUUCUGGUGAUGCCUUCUUUUUCCGAUCAAUUUCUGUGUGUAGCUAAUUAAGCUACUCGCUUUUUGUCUGCUGUGAAUGAUUUUUCCUAAGAACUUUUAUCACUUUUUUUUUUUGUUUUUAAACAAACUUCUUGAAGACAUUUAACAUUUAUUUUGCGUGUGUAUUGUAGCUAUAUAUGGCUUGUCAAGAGGCUAUGAUUGGAUGCAAUUUUCUUUUGUGUUGAUAGUCCUAAAUUCAUGUCUAUAUAUAAAGUAGCUACCACAAAGAUUUUUAUUGGUAUAAUGUACAACACUUAUUGGAUGUGUUCUCUGGGUAUUCAAUGCUUCUCUUUUUUGGAAUAUGCUUGCUAGAGGAUUAUGUUCUUGUUGGUGAUGUAAUGAUUAAUGA